GACUAGUCCCUAUAAACUUUUUGCGGUGCGUGAAAAAGCAAGAGGAGAGAAAGAACGAGAGAGGGUAAGGGGGAGGCAGGCCGGAAUCUUCGUGGAAUAUUCCGUGUAGGCAGCGGAUUCAUCGGCUGCGUCCGAUCGGGAGAGCUGGUGGAUAGGAAUGGCGAGCGACGAGGCGGUAGCAAUCCAGGUCGCCAAGAGGGCCGGGGAGCUCAGCGUCAUCACCAUCAAUUGCCCCGAUCAGACGGGCCUCGGAUGCGACCUCUGCCGCACGAUCCUCGAGUUCGGCCUUCGCAUCACCAGAGGAGAUUUAUCGACUGAUGGGCAAUGGUGCUAUUUGGUAUUAUGGGUCAUCCCGUGCUCAGCCUCCAGUAACAUCCAUUGGACGAGUUUGAAGAACCGACUAAUAUCCAUUUGCCCGACUUGGUCUUUUCCAUUUGACAUUGAUUCAUCGAACCAGCCUAUGCAUUCUCAGGUUUACCUCAUGAAGUUGUUUUCUACUGAUCGGAAAGGACUCUUGCAUGAUGUCACACGGGUUCUUUGUGAGCUUGAGCUUUUGAUUCACAGAGUGAAGGUCUCAACAACCCCGGAUUGCAAGGCCAUGAACCUUUUCUUUAUUACUGAUGGCAUGGAGCUCUUGCACACACAAAGGAGACAGGAUGAGACGCGUGAACAACUGAGUGCAAUCCUUGGGGAGUCUCUUUAUAGCUUUGAGAUUUUGCCAGCUAAUGGUUUUCAACAUGGCUUCUCCAGCCUUCCACCACAAGUUGCUGAAAAUCUAUUUGGCCUGGAGCUAGUAGACAACGAACUUUGUUCACAUUCUGUCACUCCAGACAUGAAAAAUCUGAAGAAACCCGAUCUGAAUUUUGAUAAUACAUUAAGUCAUACUUCGACUUUGCUUCAAAUUCAUUGUGUUGAUCAAAAGGGACUCCUCUAUGACAUUUUGAGGACAUUGAAGGAUUGCAAUAUUCAGAUAGCUUACGGGCGAUUCAUGUCGCAUACGAAAGGCUCCCGAGAGAUUGAUCUAUUCAUCCAGCAAACUGAUGGAAAGAAGAUUACUGAUCCAGAAAAGCAGGAAUUCCUAUUCUCUCGUUUGAGAUCAGAAAUGCUUCACCCAUUGAGAGUUAUGAUCGUUAAUCGUGGGCCCGAGACCGAGCUCCUCGUUGCCAAUCCCGUUGAGCUUUCUGGAAAAGGAAGGCCUCGUGUCUUCUAUGAUUCCACUCUUGCUCUUAAAUUGCUAGGGAUUUGCAUUUUCUCUGCUGAAAUUGGCAGGCACUCAUCAUCUGAUAGGGAAUGGGAGGUCUAUAGGUUUCUCUUGGUUGAUAGCAACGACUUGCCUUUGUCAAGUAGACAUGCUAAGAAUCAUAUUGUUGAUAGGGUGAGAAGAACUUUAAUGGGCUGGUAAGCAGAAACCUAUCUAAUUUAGAGAAGCGUUCAUGUUUCAGCCUUUUUUUUUAACAUUUAUUUUCUUUACCACCCCUAUGUAAACGUAAAUAGUCAAUGGGUCAAUUGUACAGUCUUCCUCAGACAUUAAUAUAAUUAUGUAAUUUUGAUGUAAAAGUGUACUUUUUUUCAUUAAUUUUGUUGACGGUACAACGAAUCUUCGAGAAUCAA